AUGUGCAUCCCCAAAUCCAACCACAAGAAGCUCGUCGACGACUGCUACCCGCCUCCCAAGGCUCUCGUCACUUCGGCUCCUGAGUACCGCCCCAACUCCAACGAGCUCGGGCGCCUCACCUACUAUGCUCAGAACAAGCCUGCCAAGCUCACCAAGGUCGGCAACCUCCUCGAGUCCAAGGCGCAGGCGGAUGCGCGUGCCGCCAAGGGCUCCGGGCCUGCUGCCGACAAGGGCAAGGCUGGCCUGAUGAUCACGCUCGGCAUCACUAAGAAUCUGCUCGCCGAGUGCAAAUCCUCCCUCAACUACUUCCUCAAGCCCGCUCAGUCCAUCAUCGCUGCUGCUCUCGAUGCUGCACAGCCUACGCCCGCACGUCCACGCGAUCUCGAGAUCAGCGCUCGAGCCGCCAGCACCUUUUACGCUCUCGCUUCUUUCCUCGACCCUGCCACCACUUCGGUAGACGAUGGCUUCCAGCGUCUCCUGCGAUCCUUCGCAACUCUCGCUGUCGAACGUCCUACCGCUGCAGACGCUUCGCUAGGCGAGGAUGCAGAGCAGCGCAACCGUACCCGUCUCAUCGGUCUCGGUGCUCUCGCCGGAGCCGUGGCUUCCGACGCUGUCUAUUCGUCCACCUCCAAACAGCUCAUUUCGCUUCUCGCUCCCGCUCUCGUCGAAAACGCAAAGGCAAACCGCGUCACUCUCGAUUGGCUUCGCAGCGAAUCAAAGAAGGCCACCGAAGGGGAGCCCACCUAUGCCGAAUUCAACAUCGCCAAAAAGCCGCUUGCCAUCCGUCGAACUCGCUCCAUCUCGGCUCACGUCGCCGGCGAAAAGGGUCCCUCUUCUGAGGACGUCAUCUCGGCGGCCAUCGGCACGCUUCGAGGUCUGCUUCGCCAUGCAGACGCGGUCCAGGUGCAGAGCGUCGUGCAGAACGUCAUCGCCUGGCUCGACAACAAGUCGACACUUUCGAUCCCCGCCCCUACCGAUGGUCGCCAAGCCGUCUCCCACUGGGACGACGCGCAGUGGUGCUGCUGGCUCGCGGAAUCGCUCUGCAGCUGGACCUCGCUUCAGUACCGCUUUGUCGUUCUCGACACGCUCGUCGACCACCUCGCCGAGAACGGCGAAGGCAAGGCUACCAACAAGCAUCUAUCGCUCAUUGAAAUGUCGCGCACCAUCCUCACCGGUCAGCUCAGCCUGAUCGGUCUCAGCACUUCGGACACGCUCAGCAACCUCUCUGCUCUCGCCGUCCGCAGAGUCUACAAGGACACGCGCGAUCCGCUUCUGCCUCCGCUCGUCGAAUGCAUCAGCGGUCUCGGCACGCACGUCUACUACGCCGACCAGAUCAACGACAUUGUCGAGGAGAUUGCUGGGCGCAUCGCCGCGCUCCAGAUGCCCGAGACCGCCUCAGACGCGGCUUCGGUCAAGGCGAACAACCUUGGCGCCGUCCAUCGCGGCGAGCAGCAGGAUCUCAACAGUCACAUCCAUCGCCAGCGCCUCGCCAGCGCCGGUCCCGAGCAGCGUGACGAGAGCAUCCGCGUUCUCCUGUUCUGCUUGCAAGGCGUGCUCAAAGCCACACACCAGUCGAGUGGUGAGAUUCACGAGGCGGUCGAUGUCAAGUCGGGCGGUGCCGAUGCCUCGAACAAGCAGGCUCGCGGUGCACAGGCUGACAAGGGCAAGGCGGCAGCGGGCUCAGCCGAGAGCAAGAUCGGACUGGCUCACGCUGGCACGCGCAACCGUGUGGCACCCUCAUCGAUCCUCCCGACAGCCAGCCUCCUCGCCUCGCCCAACCACGCCGUACGUCUCGCUUACGCCCAAACGCUCAUCACGCUCUUCCGGGACGAGUUCGACCGCGAGCAGCUCGAGCGCGAGAGCGCCGUGUUUGCCGCCGCUCCCAUCGGCGAAAGGGUGGGCGAUGCGAUCGGUGCGAUGCAUGCGCUCGGUGCAGCAGCUCACGUCAUGUGCCUGAGCAAGAGCCUCUCGCCACCAGCACAGGUGCUCGGCAACCUGCGAGAGUCGCCGUUGGAGCUGCUGCCACAACUGGACCGCAUCAACGCCGAUCCUGGUCGUCCAGGCUCGCUCAACAGCGGCGGUUCCGGAAAGGCGUCGGAUGAGUCGACUGCGGCGCUCCCCGUCGACUACGUGGCGGUGGCUCAGGCGCUGGAGCAUGCGGUCACGGCGCUUCCGUGCAGUGCCGCGCUGGCUUUGACACCGAUGUUGAACGCGCUCGACAAGGAUGCCGGCAGCCGAUUGACGGUGCACGGUGGCGGUGUCAACACUGGACUCGAGAAUCAGCGCCGGCUUUCGUCGCGCAUGGUGGCAGCCCGCGUGCUUGCCAAGCUCGGCGAGACGUUCGACGCGAGCUCCGUGUCAAGCGCCGCUCAGAGCGUGCUUUCGCAGAUCCCAUCGCUAGGUAUCGAGCCCGGACCGUCGCCUGUGGGUGGUCUCACGUUACCUCCAGAGGUCGUGCCCUUCUCGGCGGUUGGCACCAUCAACGAGCUCGGAGAAUCGAGCAGCAGCAGCUCGCCUUCGAUCAGUGGAUCGUCGGUGGUCAACAGUCUUGUUUCGAGUUCUAAGCUGCAGAGCGCCACGCAGCUGGAUGCCACGGUGCUCAAGCGCUGGCUGGACCGGGACUGGAACGUGGGCAUUGCGGUGGACGAAGCGUUCGCCGGAGCCAACCCGUACGCGCACUCGUCGCUUUCAGCUGGCUCGCAGCCGGCCUCGCGUCGUCCUUCGUACACGCCCAUCAACGGUCUCAACGGCAGCAGUGCUGUCGUCAACGGCAACAACGCGUCGUCUGCGUCGGUCAACAGGAGCAGCCGCAUGAGCAUGCAGGUGCCUUCGACCGGUGUCAACGACCUGCGCGAGGCGCUGGGCACCUCUUCGACGCUCUCGUCGAGGCAGAUCAACGGCGCCAGCCAGGAUACGUCGUUGAAUGCCGAUCGCCGUGCAAGCCGAAGAGAGUCGCGUCGUGGUCCCGCGGUGGGCAGCGUCAACGGUAGCAACGGCAACAGUGCCAUGGCGAUCCUCGACUCGCUCAAGGUGGGUGUGGAUGAGGAUGCGUCCAAGCUGGGUCCGGACAGCUCGUCGUUCGCGGCCCCUGCCAAGACUGGUGCUGUUGGCGCCUCGCCCAUCAGUCCCCCGUAUGCCUCGUAG